UCUCGACGUUGCGGAUGUGUGAGCAGCGGGAAGCGGUGUGUUGUCAUCGAGGUACAUACGUGAGUGAAGUGUUUGGCGCAGACGUGUGUGUCGCCGCACGCAUAGUCGCGGUGCUGAUGGAUGUCGUCUCCAGUGUUAUGACACCCUGGCUUGCUUCUCUCUCGGGCGACGCGUGGCUCACGCUGAAGAAAGCCUCGUCUGACACCGCUUGUCCCAGGCGCAGACCCGGACGCGAAGCGGAGGAGCGGACCAAGAUGGCGCCCCACCUGACGACGGCCGCCUCCGCACUGUUCCUGCUGCCCGAGGACUGCUCGCCGCCCCCGGCGCGGGAGGCCGCCGCCGCCGCCCCCCGCACAGAGCCGCCCCCGCCCGGCUACGAGUGGCGAAUCGUGUGGCGCAACGUGCUGGGCUUCGUGUACCUGCACGCGGGGGCGCUGUACGGCGUCUACCUCAUCUUCACCUCCGCCCGGCUGGCCACCGUCCUCUGGGCCGUGCUGGUGGCGAUGCUGGGAGCCGUGGGGGUGACGGCCGGAGCGCACCGACUCUGGUGCCACCGCGCCUACAAGGCCAAGUGGCCGCUGCGCCUGCUGCUCGCCGUGCUGCAGACCAUGGCCUUCCAGAACCACAUCUACGAGUGGGUGCGCGACCACCGGGUGCACCACAAGUUCAGCGACACUGACGCCGACCCGCACAACUCCAAGCGGGGCUUCUUCUUCUCGCACAUGGGCUGGCUCAUGCUGCGCAAACACCCGGCCGUCAAGGAGAGGGGCAGCACGGUGGACAUGAGCGACCUGGACACGGACCCCAUCGUCGUGUGGCAGCGCAGGACGUACCUGGUGGUGAUGCCGCUGCUGUGCUUCGUGCUGCCGGCCUGGCUGCCUGUGAGGCUGUGGGGGGAGGAGCCGUGGACGGCGUGGUACGUGGCCGCCAUCUUCCGCUACAUGCUGUCGCUGCACAUCACGUGGCUGGUGAACAGCGCGGCGCACGUGUGGGGCACGAGGCCCUUCGACAAGAACAUCAGCGCCACAGAGAACCUGCCCGUGGCGCUGGCGGCCUUCGGCGAGGGCUGGCACAACUACCACCACGCCUUCCCCUGGGACUACAAGGCGGCCGAGCUGGGCGACUACCGCGCCAACCUCAGCACGGCCUUCAUCGACCUGUUCGCGCGCCUGGGCUGGGCCUACGAGCUGCGCACCGUGCCCCCCGAGAUGGCCGCCCGCCGCGCGCGCCGCACGGGGGACGGCAGCCACCGCCUGCAGGGCGGAGCCCCUGGGGUGUCUGACCGCGGGGACAGCCUGUGGGGCUGGGGCGACCGCGACAUGCCCGCCGAGGAGGUGCUGGAGGUGCGGCUGUUCGCCGACAAGCGCGAGUAGCCCCUCUGCUCCCCGCCGGCUAGCUCUCAGGCGUGUCCUUGAGCAUUUUGGCCAAAUUUUUUGAGUCCUCUAAGACCAUUUUCGGCCAUUUUUUUUUUUCAUUUGUGAUGGUUUGCCCCCCGCCCCCUACAAAUUCUGCCCCCCCUCUACCCAUUUUACAAAUUUUCAUAUGGGCGCCCUUGGGCGCGACGGGAGUACAAUCUCAAGGCCGAAUUUGAACGGAACCUUUUUGGAAACAUUUUUUUUUCCCUUAACAUAACUAAAAACUUAAGUGUAUUUGAGGCCUGACGCUAAAAUGGUGGAGAAUAGGUUGCGGACGGUGCAGAAAACUGGGCGGGUCCACAAGUUCCACGUGGCUUAGUGCGGCUCGGGUUGAACCCCUCCAUGCUGCAGGGAUAGGUGGGUCAACCAUCCGACUUGCUGGCAUCUAGUAAGGCAGUAUGUGGGCAGAGGGCAACACAGCGGGGUUUUAAACUUAUUAUUUUAAUUAAAUUUCUAAUAAAUACGAACGGAAAUAAGUUGGCAUUCUUAAAUACUCGAAAAAAUAAAUUAAAGUAGAAAACCCCGCGCUGUGUAAUUUUUUUUUAGAAAAUUGUCUUUUUUCUCUCUUUCUGCCAAAUUACCCCUCACGAUAUACUUAUGAGUCGAGGUUUGAAUUGCCAAAGAGGUUUCAAUUCCAUCACGUGAACUGAGUUACACGCGCUCUUUUUUUUUUCUCGAACAGAUAUAAUUCGUUUAUUUUUACCCACUGCGUAAUAGGAUCGGAGUCUCUAAUCGCGUAAGUAGUUCCAACGCUUUAGAAAGUGUAUGCUCAUUAAUUUCACUUCGCAAACCUCCCAAGUAUCUGGGAGCACGUGGUGGAUUCGGAUGAAAGAAGAGACGCACAAGAACAAAGGCGCCAGCAAAAAAAAUGAGAUGCACAAACUGUUUUUUUCCUGUGCACAAAAAAAAUUCAACAGGUGCGUUCAUAAAAACUUUUUAUUCUCCUGCUAACUGCAUAAGAGUACUUUGCAGUGACUUUGAAAAACGUAUAAAUGUUGAUAUUCUGUGAGACUGUCGUUAUUGUUGUUAUCUGCACCUAUUAGAAUAUGUUAUAUACAUUAUUUGUUUAGUUUCACAAUUUUAUUUUUAAGGUCUUGUGACUUUGAAGAGAAAUAUGACGUUACUACUUGCACUUUGAUAAUGUUUAGUAUUAGUAUAUAAAUAGUGAAUUUGAAGUGUGAUUGAAUUUCACGUUCGUUAUUCAGUACAGAAUGAGGGUGUCGACUGAUUAUAUAUGUUUAUUAAAAAACCUAAUACAUUUUAAUACUUUAUUUAUGUACAUGUAUUUUUAGACUUUAUCUGUCAUUAGGUAACUAUAUUCCGUAUAGUAGCUGAAUUUCGAUCAAUUUUAAAAAAAAAUUAUAAAUUAAACGUUGUUGAUACAAAUUGAUACAAAUGUAUUUUUAAUUAAUAGAAUUGACUUGUGUUUCUCGAGCCUAGAACCUAUCAGCUAUAAAAUUAUU